CCAUGGCCAAACCAUCAUCCGAACGAGAAACACAGGCAGCAGCUAGAUAGCAAUGGCCUCCUCUUCCUCCUUGUUUCUCCUUGCCGCGCUUCUUGCGCUCGCCUCAUGGCAGGCCAUCGCCUUUGAUCCUAGCCCUCUCCAAGACUUCUGUGUCGCAGACAUGAGCUCGCCUGUGCGUGUAAAUGGAUUUGUUUGCAAGGAUCCAAUGGCCGUCAACUCGGACGACUUCUUCAACCCAGCCAUGCUCGACCAGCCCAGGGACACCAUGAACAAGGUCGGCUCCAACGUCACCAACAUCAACGUGGACAACUUCCCUGGCCUCAACACCCUCGGCAUCUCGCUGGCACGCAUCGACUAUGCGCCCUUGGGCGUGAACCCGCCGCACAUACACCCUCGCGCCACCGAGCUCCUCACCGUGCUCGAGGGAACACUCUACCUUGGCUUUGUCACGUCCAACCCCAACAGGCUCUUCUCCAAGGUGGUCAAGAAGGGCGACGUGUUUGUGUUUCCUAAGGCGAUGAUCCACUUCCAAAUGAACCUAGCGCAUGACAAGCCGGCUGCUGCGUUGUCGUCGCUCAAUAGCCAGAACCCUGGGGUUAUCACUGUCGCCAGCGCAGUGUUUGGAUCGAAGCCACCGAUCUCGGAUGAUCUUUUGGCCAAGGCGUUUCAGGUGGAAAAGAAACUCAUAGACUGGCUCCAAUCUCAGUUCUGGGAGAACAACUACUGAUUAUUCUAAAUUGGUUAUGCCAAUGCGAGAGUUAUAUACAUCACCAUGCAUGCAUGCAAACUACGUGUUUUCCUAUAUUAUUGAGUAUAGAAUAAAUGGCGUGUGGUACUUAUGUGUGACUGCGAUCCGUGGUUUUUCUUUUCCUUUUGAAUCUGACAAGAUAUGUUUUUUGUCAGAUUCAGGUGAAGUAUGUUUUCUUUUGCUUAAUAAAUAAAAUAAAUUGAA